AUGCAUGGUGCAGCUUGCUUGGCACCCCACGCUCCGCUACUGGUUGUUUAUGGAGGCUGGAAAACAGGCCCUCACUUCAGCGACGUUUGGACCUUUGCGCUGGGAGCGGAUGAACGUGACUUGGAGGCUUUCCAGCCAGUAGAGCAGCAGAGUUUGGAAGAGGAGGAUGGAGAUGAUAUGCACGAGUCUCCUGUGGUGGGCGUGCGCAUGAUGGGACCAGAUGGGCAAGUGAGGAUGAUGCGAAUUCCGAGCGAGCUGUUGAGCCAGUUUGUGCGCCAGGGAAUGGUACGACGAGUUGGAGCUGAGUCUGAUGACUGA